AUGAGUGGCGAUCCCCAGCCACCUCCUCCGCCCCGCAGCCGCAGCCGCAGCAGCAGCAGCAGCUGCAGCAGCAGCAGCAGCAGCACCGGCAGCAGCAGCAGCAGCUGCUGCAGCGCGCUAGCAGCGGAGGCUCGCUCCCCAUCCAUCGCCCAACACCCGACAGCAAACUGGAGUUGUCAUGAGUGGCGAUCCCCAGCCACCUCCUCCGCCCCGCAGCCGCAGCAGCAGCAGCAGCAGCAGCUGCAGCAGCAGCAGCACCGGCAGCAGCAGCAGCAGCAGCUGCAGCGCGCUAGCAGCGGAGGCUCGCUCCCCAUCCACCGCCCCACCGCUCAUGGGUUACUACGUCAGUUGCUGUGGCGGCAGCCGACGGGGCCGCCCCAGCAGCAGCAGCAGCAGCAACACCCGCAGCAGCAGCAGCAGCAGCAGCAGCAGCGGCCUUGCGUGUCUACAGUUCGUGUUGCAGCACAGAGCAGCAGCCUGCGCCGGCUGCUUGGUGACGGCGUGUGGUGUCUAUGCAGGGGCCCCAGCCUCCCCCCUGCUGCUGCUGGGGGCCCCCGCCAGCCGCUGCAGCCUACGCGGGUCUGCAUGCAGCAGCAGCGCGAUAGAAGCCGCCGGGUGUAUGUACACCUCAGCAGCAGCAAAGUUAUUUGUAUUAGCUGCUCAGACCCGCAGCAAGCCACCACAGGGUGGCUACUGUCUCGCGUGCUGCAGCACCUAGAAGAGAAUGCAGCAGCGACAGCAGCAGCAGCAGCAGCAGCAGCAAUAGCGCUGUGCUGCUGCCCCCGCAGCAGCAGCGACAGCAGCAGCAGCAGCAGCAGCAGCAACAACAACUUGCUGCUGUCUCCAGCGCAGCAGGACUGGCUUGAUGCCCUGCUGCAGGACCGCAGCAGACCCCUCUCUUUGCUGCCAGAGGGCCUUCAUCUUCGCUGCUUCUACGCUGCAACACCAACGCACAAAACUGCUGCUGCUGCUGCUCCCGCUGCUGCUGCUGCUGCUGCUGCUGCUACUUCUCCUGCGGCAGCAGCUGCUGCAGCGGGCACUUCUUCUGCUGCUGCCGAGCCGAGACAAGCAGCAGCAGCAGAAGCAGGUGAAAGACCGCCUGCUGCUGCCAGUCCCUGGAUUUGUGAGCAGCCAACGCACAAAACUGCUGCUGCUGCUGCUCCCGCUGCUGCUGCUGCUGCUGCUGCUGCUACUUCUCCUCCUGCGGCAGCAGCUGCUGCAGCGGGCACUUCUGCUGCUGCGGAGCCGAGACAAGCAGCAGCAGCAGAAGCAGGUGAAAGACCGCCUGCUGCUGCCAGUCGCUGGAUUUGUGAGCAGCAGCAGCAGCAGCAGCAGCAGCAGCAACAGCAACAGCAACAGCAGCAGCAGCACUUCAUGGAGCAGCAGCAGCAGCGCCUUUCCCCGCAAGGUGCAUCAACAGCUGCUGCAUCGGCUAGUACAACUCCUGGCGCUGCUGCUGCUGCUUCUGCUGCUGCUUCUGCUGCUGCUGCUGCUGCUGUCUUGCGUUGCCCCUCAGGCUGGCAAAGCCACGACGGAGACUCGACGGCCUCCACCAUCAGCACCGCGCGGCAGCCUCAUACUGCAGCAAGCAGCAGCAGCAGCAGCAGCAGCAGCAGCAGCAGCGGCAGCAGCAAUAACGCCAGCAGCAGCAGCAGCAGCAGUCCGGCCUUAUUGUUGAAUGCGUCUGCUGCUGCAGAGCACGGAGUUGCUGCUGCUGAGGGUUCAGCCUGUAGCAGCCAGUGUGCCGCCGCAGCAGCAGCAGCAGCAGCAGCAGCAGCAGCAGCAGCAGAGAGACAAAGCACGUUCAGCGAAGAAGUGGCUCGGUUUGUGGCGGUGGAGGUGUUGCUGGGGCUGCAGCACCUGCAUAGACACCGUGUGGUGUAUAGGGACCUCAAAGCAGCAAAUAUAUUGAUUGACCUCGACGGACACUGCAAGCUUGCAGACUUCGGACUAGCUAAGAGACUCACAGGUAAACAGCAGCAGCAGCAGCAGCAGCAGCAGCAGCAGCAGCAGCAGCAGCAGCGGGAAUAA